AUGUGGUACACCCGCCGUCAACAGCCCAUCCGAAUCGGACUCUGGUAUACCGCCAACGGCUUCGGUAUCGCCCUCGGCGGCCUCCUCGGCUACGGCAUCGGACACAUCAAAGGCGCCCUCUCCUCCUGGAAAUACGAGUUCCUGAUUAUCGGAGCCCUGUGCUCUCUCUGGGGUAUCCUGAUAGUCAUCUUCCUGCCCGACUCCCCGGUGACAACGCGGUACCUAUCACCCCGCGAGAAACGCCUCACUGUUGAACGACUGCGAGAAAACCAGACCGGUGUCGAGAAUAAGACACUCAAGCCUGCGCAGAUAUACGAGGCUUUCCUGGACUGGAAGGUCUGGGUAUUCCUCCUCCUGGGAUUAUCGGGGAAUAUCCCCAACGGGGGUAUUUCGAAUUUCGGGACGUUGAUUUUGAAGGGAUUUGGGUUUUCUACUUGUAUGCUGUGCAAUGUCUCUAAUCCAUCUUUUACCUGGUUGAAUCCUGCUACUGCUACUGCUACCGAUAUUAAUGCUGACUAUAUGGGGAAACCAAAUACAGUGGUAACAACCCUAAUGCAAAUCCCCUACGGCGCCUUCAUAGCCCUCAUGAUCCUCUUCAGCAUCUGGCUAAACGACCGCCUCCCCCAAAACAACCGCUGCUACGUAACGAUCCUCUUCCUCCUCCCCAACCUCGCUGGCUCCUUUGGGCUCUGCUACCUCCCCGAAUCAAACAAAGUCGGGCGUCUCAUCUGCUACUACCUAACCGGAUCCUACAACGCAUCUUUCGUACUCAUCCUCUCCAUCCUCACAGCCAACAUCGCCGGCCACACGAAGAAAGUCGUCACGAACGCGAUGAUCUUCAUCGGUGUUUGUGCGGGGAACAUCGCCGGCCCGUUCUUCUAUAAAGAGGCGCAGGCGCCGCGGUAUCCGCUGGGUAUAUGGUCGAUGAUUGUGUCCCAUUUUGUGGAGAUCUUGCUGGUGAUUGUGUUGCGGACGGCGCUGGCUUGGGAGAAUCGAAGACGGGAUCGGUUGCAGGGCAUUGGACCUGGUGGGGAGGGCGAGGAGGCGAGGCAGUGGGAGAUGGAUCGGACGGCGUUUAGUGAUUUGACAGAUAAGGAGAAUUUGAAUUUUAGAUAUGUUUACUAG